GUUUGUAAUUGUAUCAACCAAAAAGCACAAGCCCCCCAACAGUACCCCACUGCCGAACCAGACACAGCUUGCCAGAUUGGGAAAAGAAAGACUGGGCUUUGAAGCCAAUAAAGCUGUGAAGAGUUAUACUUCUAUAUAUAUAUAUAUAUAUAUAUAUUCGUUUUCCCUCCAAAACACCACCAACCUAUUCAUUACUCACUAAACCAUGGUUUUCUCUCCCAACCUCUUCUUCCUCCUCCUCCUCUUCUUCUUCUUCCUCACAGCUUCUCUCAAACCCAGUAAUAUUGUUCAUGCAUUUCCCGAUGAUCAGAACCCAACCCACUCCGCCCAAAUCAACUCCAACUCGGUCCUCGUCGCCCUCCUCGAGUCCCACUACACGGAGCUCGCCGAGCUCGUCGAGAAGGCCGCCUUGUUGCAAACCCUGGAGGACUUGGUCAGCCGCCGCAACGUCACCGUCUUCGCACCCGUCAACCACGCGCUGGACCGCGAGUUCAAGCUCUUCCUCCUCGAGCCCAGAAACCUCCGGUCAUUACAGACCCUCCUGCUCUCCCACAUUGUCCCCAAACGCGUUUCCCUCGACGCGUGGCCGACACUUCGUGACUCUCUCGCUCACAACCGACUCGAGCUGACAAUAAGCCAGGCUUUGGGCGAGAAGUUUGUCAGUUCGGUGAGGAUGACUCACCCGCACGCCGUCAACCGUCCGGAUGGGGUCAUCCACGGGAUCGAACGGUUCAUAAUCCCCGAAUCCGUACAGCAAGACUUCAACAAUCGCCGGAGCCUCCGGGAAAUCUCGGCCGUCAAACCAGAGGGAGCCCCGGAAAUCGACCCCAGAACGAACCGGUUGAGGAAACCGACACCGCCGGGGAAACCCGGUUCGGCCCCGGUUCUUCCGAUAUACUACGCGAUGGCACCGGGUCCUUCCUUGGCUCCGGCGCCAGCUCCGGGACCCGGCGGGCCUCACCACCACUUCAACGGUAUGAGGCAAGUCAAAGACUUUAUCGACACGCUUUUACAGUACGGUGGGUACAACGAAAUAGCCGAUAUGUUGGUGAACCUCACGGGGCUGGCCACCGAAAUGGGAAGGCUCGUAUCGGAAGGCUACGUGCUGACAGUUUUGGCUCCGAACGACGAGGCGAUGGCUAAGCUGACAACGGACCGGCUGAGCGAACCGGGCGCGCCGGAGCAGAUACUGUAUUAUCAUAUCGUACCGGAAUAUCAGACGGAGGAGAGCAUGUACAACGCGGUUCGGCGGUUCGGGAAGGUGAAGUACGAUACGCUUCAAUUGCCGCAGCAGGUGGUGGCUCAGGAGGCCGAUGGGUCGGUGAAGUUCGGGCAGGGCGAGGGGUCGGCGUACUUGUUCGAUCCCGAUAUUUACACGGACGGGAGGAUUUCGGUGCAGGGGAUUGAUGGAGUUCUGUUUCCGGUUCAGGAGAACAAAGCAGAGGAUACCAUAACUGUUUCGCGUGUUAAGGUUGUAGCCAAACCCAGGAGAGGAAAGUUGCUCGAAGUAGCAUGUCGGAUGCUUGGGGCCUUUGGACAAGAUUCUCAUUUCAUCACGUGCCAGUCAAGAAAAUGAGAAACUCCAAGAUCCUAUACGUCAAGAAGAAACUUAAAUAUUAAAAGAAGAAAAAGUAGGUUUCCGGAUUUCACAAAGGAUCAAGUCUGCAGCCAAGAAUGAUCAUGAAGAGGGAAGUUUCUAAGCAAUGCUUUAGGUGUGGUUGUGUAUUAUUUAAUAUGUGUUGCCGGAAUUCUAUAUGAUUUUUGUAUUUGAUUUGUGUAUGUACAAAAUGGUGGUGCCUAUUUUGUCUACUUCUGGUUGGUGAGGUGGGGAAUUUAAGAAGGUGGGUGGGUAAUUAAUUGUGUAUUUGGAUGGACCAAAGAAAGUCUACAAAGUGGGGUUUCUUAUUUAUUAAUGAAGUUUAUCUUAUUCUA